GGCUGAGGUAGGAGAAUUGCUUGAACCUGAGAAGCAGAGGUUGCAGUGAGCUGAAAUCACGCUACUGCACUCCAGCCUGGGUUGACAGAGAGGAAAAAAAAAAAAAAAUUUUCCCCACAUUUGCUGGAAAAUCAGUAGUUUUAGAAUACAAACAGUUUGACUACAUUUUCUAUGUAUUAGCUAUGUCAUAUUUUUACACUUGGCAAACAAGCAUUUUGUAUAUACCCCCAAAGUAUACUUAUUACAUACAAACUACAAAGAAAAGCAUAAGGACACUUCAGCAAUAUAUAUCAACUAGGCCUCACAGCAUCAUCACGGGGCCUCAAUAAAACUUGAUUGAAAUGCACCCAAGUGGUAUGGGCCACACAAUGCUAGAAAAAGAAUUACAAGUCAGAUUCCACUCUAUUAAAAAUGCUACUUCUUCCGUCCUUGGUUUCUGUGCCUUUCACAGAGCUUCUAGGAGGCCAGAGCCUCCAGAGGUUCACAACCUCUGUGGUCUGCAGAUGCCACUGUGAGGAGGACCCUGAAAAGAAUUUGCCAUUUUCAGUGGAAAACAAGUGGCGGUUACUAGCUAUGAUGUGUUUGUACUUUGGAUCUGGAUUUGCUGCACUCGUCUUUACAGUAAGACACCAACUGCUUAAAAAAUAAGGAUGUUUCAUCCAUUUAACAGAUAUGAAGAGCAUUUUAAGAGGUAAUCUCUGGAAAAUGGUUCAAACUUGAGCUCAUAUAGCAUAUUAGAUAUGUUUGUAAAUAAACUUAUGACAUGAAAACAAAAAUGCUAAGACAGUGUAACAUAAUGGUUACAAGAGUGGUGAUAUGACCAUAGGCUUUGGAAUCAGACAAACCUGGGCUCAGAUCGAAGCUACAAUACUUUAUGGCUAGGUGACCUCGGCAAAAUUAUUUAACCUACCUAAAUUUGUCUACUCACCUGUAAAAUAGGAAUACCUACCUCAUCACAUUAUACUGCUGAUUAAAUGGCCCUUUCUAACUUUUACAUAACAUGAAUUACCAAAAUUCCACAGACAGUCCAUUUUC